AUGAAAAUGGCGGUGCAAGAUGGUGGGGGAAAGGAUGAGUUAAAAACACAGUUUAUAACAAGGGAAGGAACUUACAGAUUGAUGACCCUUUCGGAAUAUUCAAGACCCACCAGGGUCGGUUAUACCAACAAUCAAGGCAAUGCUGCUGUUCGUGUGUCGUUUGUUACGUUGCCUGAUCCAAGUGGCAACGGUGACAGGAUUUGUUUCAAUUUUGGCAGGGAACUUUAUGUUUAUGUUUAUAAAGGUGUUAAGAAGGCAGCAGAUCUCACGAAGCCCGUAGAUAAGAAGAUGUAUAAAGGAACAAACCCAACGUGCCACGAUUUUAACGUCGUUACAAUGACACCCGACAGUGUUUCCCUGGUAAUCGGUUUCUCCACUGGGCAAAUUCAGCUCAUAGACCCUAUCAAGAAAGAACUGAGUAAACUAUAUAAUGAAGAGAGGCUGAUUGACAAAACAAAAGUAACCUGCAUCCGGUGGGUCCCUGGUUCGACAAACCUUUUCUUGGUCUCGCACAGUAGUGGACAACUGUACCUGUACAAUGAAGAGCUUCCAUGUGGCACUGCACCUCCUCACUAUCAAACUUUCAAACAAGGUGAUGGUUACACUGUGCAUACGUGCAAGACAAAGAGCACACGCAAUCCAUUGUACAGAUGGGUUGUUGGAUCAGAGGGUUGUUGUGUUAACGAGUUUGCGUUUUCACCAAGUGGUACUCAUCUUGCCGUCGUCUCACAAGAUGGUUUCUUGCGUGUUUUCAACUAUGACACUAUGGAACCUGCUGGCAUUGCACGUAGUUACUUUGGUGGUUUUUUGUGCGUGUGCUGGUCACCUGAUGAACGUUAUGUUGUUGUCGGUGGUGAGGAUGACCUAGUCACUGUGUGGAGUUUCGCAGAGAGGCGUGUUGUGGCACGUGGUCAGGGGCAUCGAAGUUGGGUCAGUGUUGUAGCUUUUGAUCCUUAUACAUCGUAUAGCAGUCAUGAUGAUUUUAGUGGAGGUUCAGAUGAGGACGAUCCAACAGAAAGGCACCCAGUAAACAAUGAACUAGGGCGUGUUAACACAGCUACGUGUUAUAGGCUAGGGUCUGUUGGGCAAGACACUCAGUUAUGUUUGUGGGACAUAACGGAAGAUAUUCUCAAGCAACCGCCAUGUCCACCAAAGCCCAGGGUAACUGGAACCACAACAUCUAGUUUGUCAAAUGCAAAUGGAACAACAUGUCGUGCUAAUGCUGUAGGAGCAUCUCGAGGCAACACUUCUUCUCCGCAACAGACUGAUAACCCGUCAGGGAAAGAUAAGGACUGUGUAGCUGAUGGUAACCUCUCAACACAUAUGCACAAUUCUACUGGUCCAUCUCUUACACAGAGGUUAGCAGGUUUUGGGUUUGGUGACAGAAAGGAUGCUCAUAAACGGAACUUCAGCCUAGCAUCUCGAGGUGGUAGUGGAAGUGGGAGUGCAGAAAAGAGUGGUCAUUCGGCAGCUAAUCGUUCGACUGCUGAUGAUCCGAUGAAACUCAUUGGAACAGCUGCUUGUCCUCGAUUUGAUGAGUGUCCUGUGUUAGAACCGCUUGUGUGUAAAAAGAUAGCUCAUGAAAGGUUAACUGCACUCGUGUUUAGAGAAGACUGUUUUGUGACAGCAUGCCAGGAUGGAUACGUCUACACGUGGGCCCGACCUGGGAAAAUGGGACCAGUGCCACAUAUUCCAUCGAGUCCAACUGCGGUGACUGCCCCUUCUACAUCCACACCAGCUGGAGCUGUUACUUCCAUGCCUGGAGGAACUGUGGUAUAGCAAGAAUCCUGCCCUGACUGCUGCUGUGACAGGUGUCGCAGGGCGGCAGGUGCCCAUUCUGGUCGUGCUCGUGCUGUGCUGACUCUUGGAGCUUGGUGGGCAUCUUCAGCGUGUACGUCUGCCGCCACUCUAUAGUGUGUUCCUUUUCUGACUCACCAGAAGCCUUCUGGAAUAACUUGCUGAAACCACAUAAAGAGUUUGUGUAGGCUUGCAGCAUGACGGGAGUCAAAACUGAGCAGUGCAGAUCAAUAAUCGUUGAUGAUUUUUUUUAGUAUUGCUUUGUGUGUGUGUGUGUGUGUGUGUGUGUGUGUGUGUGUGUGUGUGUGUGUGUGUGUGUGUGUGUGUACUACUAUGCAUGUGCACAUGUUGUUAUGUGGAUGGACAUACAUGUGUAUGCACAUUCUUGUACAUAUAUACAUAUAUUUUUUGUUUGUCUCAAAAGUUUGUUGAAGAUAUUUAUGAAAAUUUUGUGUAUAUGAAGUAUCAUUUCUGUGCUCAUAUCAAUUUCCUUGGCACGGAUCUGGAUUGUGUCUUCUUUUUCAGUGAGCAUCUUGCAAAUGUAUGAAAGUAUAUAAGAAUUAUUGCAAAUUAAUUUCAUUGUUUGUAUGACAUGGUGCUGUCAGUCAAAGUACUCAUUGUUUGUCUUGAAUAUCAGUAUCUUAAGUUAAACACAGAAGAAAAGCUCUCUCCACUGCAUGCUGCAGUUUAUUUUUAAUAAUCUUUGUCACAAUUUGUAAUUUAAAAUGUGAAGUGCAAAGUUGAUGGAGAAUGUUAUAGUUCAAAUAAGUAUCCAUAAAGAUCUCAAAAAAGAAUGCAGUGCAGUCUGCGUUAAGAGUGAUGAUGGUAAGUUGUAUGUACUAUGAUUCACAUUUUUUUUUUUACUUGGCAUAUUGUCAGACAAAAUUGCCUUAUCUUGAGCUUAAAAUAAAUCAAAAGGCAGAAGCCAAGAAUAAUAGCAAACUCGCGGUAAUUAGGAAGUGUGUAAGGAAAGACAUUUGUUUCAAUUCCUGUUACAUAAUACUAAAUAAUGAUACAAAUUUAUUAUUUGCAGACAGACUUCCCAUACAAAAAAAAAGUCUAAAGUAUACUGCUAGUAUAAACGCAGUUUUUAAGAUCUUCGAUGGUGACAUCUCUGGAAAAAAAAAAACUAUAAUUAUUUGCCAAUAAGUAAUAAUAGGCCAGACGAAAUAAGAUUCUACUGCUCAUGUGCUUGCGAACAAGGCCAGGUGGUCGUUUUUGAAUUUUUUUUAUAUUAUUAUUAUUAAAAAAGCCAGAGGUCUCUCUACAGUACCAGCAACAAGUAAAGAGUCGAAUUUCACUAUAUAAGCACAGCCUCAUACAUAUGUGAAAUAUCGUCCAUUAUUUUUAUCAAAGUUAACAACAAACAAUGAAUGCCUUUCCACUGGCUUUCGAAUUGUUGUUGUUACAAAGGAUCCUUUGCUUACGAAACAAACUAACGGGAAGUUUUGACAUUAAAUUUUGUAAUUGCCUAGAAACUAGGCAAGAAGACCCAAAACACACUGCUGGUUGGACAACUAUUAUGAUAUCGUAUUGAUGUUCCCAACAGACAUUGCUUAACUACAAAUUUUCAUUUUCAGAGCAUUUACUUUUCUAGGAAAACAGAAGUGUGAGAAACCUCU